GCGCGCGUGCGGCCCCGGGCCGCCGCCGACUUCCGGCCGCUGCCAUUCGCCCGCAGCGAGGCCGGCGGGGAGGGGCCGGCCAGGUAUUUUGGCUGGGGGCGGGGUGGGGCUGUUAGGUUUUUACGAAAGGGGAAAAGCGAAGGCCCUCCGGAGGAAGGAGGCGCGGCGGAGCCGUUCCUCGGCCGACCCGGAGCCGACGCACCUCCCGGCAGGACACAAGCUCAGUGAAAAGCGGACCUCUCUGUUCCCGGUUCAGCCCCCGGUGGUUGGCAUAGUGCCUAGCACAUACUGUGUCUUCAGUAAGUACUCACAGGGGAAAAAGGGUCUGGAGAAGCAGGCAGGAAGCAGGAAUAUUUUGCACCUUCUGAGCUGCAGUUUCUACCUUUCUCCCUACACAUUUCCUGGGCACGGGGGAUGUGGAGUCACAGCCGGCCCUCUCUCCCAUCUCACCUUGGUGCAGGGCAGCAGGAGCUGGGAGAAAGCUGAAACAAACCAAGACAUGGAAGAGAAGAGAAGCAAAGGAGGUAAAAACGAGGGUGGGUUUGACAGCUUCGGCAUGCCCAGGCUGUCGUCCGUGGGUGAGACAGGCUCCUCAUACACAGGGGGCUCACGAAGCCACGUAACAGUCACCCUCCACAGUGCAGCCAAGGUGAAGCCACACAGGCUGAAUUCUGAUCAACAGGGAUAAAGAAAGCACAGUCCAUGUGAAACCUCCCUCCAAGAAUUCUCAAGUAAUGGACCCUGAUUCUGUACAUUCCAAGUCAUGGUUUUUUUCUAUCAGAACCCAGGAGAUGGGAAAAGCACAGAAGGGAUAAUAUCUGGGUCGUGGCCGCACACAACCCAGCUUCUUCCCAGCCCUGCUAACAUUCAGACCUGUCAGUCUCAUAAUCCUUGACUCAAGUAUUAGUUAACCAUGAAAAAAGACAAACCAGGAAAUCAGAGGCUGAAUGACCUAAAAUUUAUUCCAUUCUACUGAGCUAAUCUCCUAAGAAGGGUGUGUGUAAGUCUUGCUGUCUCCAUUCUGGAAGAUGCAAACGGGGCAAAAAAUGCACUGUGACUGCAGAUUUCAACUUGUCAUGAUUUGUCCUUCAAAGAAAAGGAACUGGUCCUAGACCAAGUUGCCUCGCAGAUCCUUAAACAAGGUUCUGAAACACUGGGGGAUCGUUAUGCCACAGGCAGCAGCUCAUGUGCAGGCUGACCGCAUUCAGAUCUUAACAGGACCAGCUCCAAGGUGGGCAAGGCCCCUACCUGCCCUCCCAUCCUGUCCGUGAAUGACAGUAACCACGGCACUGGUCUCUUGGGAUCGCUGUGAGGACAGAUGAGUGAAGCGCUUGGCACACCGUCUGAGGAGUGCACACCCCGCCCCCGCAACCCAGUCAACUUUUGUUGUGUGUUAAACAGCAAUUGGCAAGACCAAGAAGGAAGCUGGAGGCCCCACGAAGUAGGAUUCCAUGGAGCCACUGGAGCGUAGUCAAGUAUCCCAAGCCAGAGAGAGAAGAGGGUCCCAGGGGAGUCCCAGGCAGCUGGUGGGCAGAGCAUUGGGUAGGAAAGCCAAGGACAGCCCCUUGCAGCUAGGCAUCUGUGUGGGUGGGAGGACACAGGGGGCUUCGCCCCAGUCUCCCCUCAUUAGCUCAGUGCAGCUGCACCCCUCCCCGGCCUGUGUUCCUGCCCACGCGGAACUCAAUACAGUCUGACCUCGCACCCGAUACACAGAGCUGCGGCCAGAGCGAUCUGCUGAAGACACGGCUGCCCUCAGAGACUCGAAAAUCAGGCAUUGUUGCCCAAAUUCAAAAAUCUGCCAGUCUAUGAGCUACACUGUGAGAAUAUGACUAAAGGCUGAAAAAUUCUUA